AGACAUUCUCCGCUUCCCUCUUCUACAUAGAGACAGAAAUACUACCCUCUCCUGUCUUCUCCCCACUCCUCUGCUGCAUAUUCUCUUCUACACAACUUACCCCAUCGCCUCUACUGUCUGUUCUCUUAAUUGGAGGGAUGGGGGUGAAAAAAACACCACCCAUUCAUGCAGAAAAUCAGCAAUUAUUGACUCCUGGUCUUGGUAGAGAAAAUGUGGAGAUCAAAGAAAAAACUUGGGGCCCCCGACGCACCCCCGGGAUGUCCAGCCCCAAGCAUGAUCGGGACAGUGACCGGGAGUCCCUGACUGGCUGGACUCUGGUGGAUCGGGAAGGGAAGGAAGGCAAUCCAGAAAAGACGAUACGUAGACGUGGAAAAAAAGAAGAUGACAAGGACAGUGGUGAGUCCAGCUCUUCUCCAGUUGAAGUUGAUGUAAAGAAAAAGGAAGAGGAAAACAAAGAGAAGAAUGAAUCUGGAUGUGGGACUGAGGAGGAAGAAGGAGAAGAGGAACUGUCAGAGGACCUCAUCUCUAUGGGCAAGAGGGUGCAAGAGAUUAAGGGUGAGUCUGUCAAGGCAUCCUCAGGGUCAGACUCCAGUGACAUUGAGACUCUGGACUGCCCCGGCCCUGAUGAUUUUUAUGAGGACCACACGCAGGGCUACAGCUCCCUCCACUCCUCCCUCCUCUCCUCCUCCCUCAGCGGCUUUACCUUUGUAGAAGAUGCAGAUGAUGGUGAUGUUGAGAGCCUGGGCAGCAGUGAUGUGUUGGUGCUGGACCAGGAAGGCAAAGCUGUUGAUGAAGAGACUGACCUCUCUCUUGCCUCAUCCCCCUCCCUCCCAGAGGAUCUCCCAGCCAUCAAACCAGAUACCCAAUACCGGCACACUCCGGACCGGGACCUGAACAGUCGGUUGAAUAUAGUGGUGGCAUUGACCCUGGCCUGUGUGCUGGGCCUUGGUUUAGGGCAUUUUCUGGGACUAGUGGCUCUGUCAAGAGAUGAAGCACCCAAAGGAUGGUCAAGUCGUUCUAUGUGGCAGGAAAAUCUCAACUCUGCUCAGGUACGUAGGCUGCGGGAGCUUCAGGAUGACCUGCUGUCUUGCAUAAACACGCCAUCUCAUGAAUUGCCUCUUGAGGAGCCAGAGUCAAGGGAACCAGAGUAUCUCCCUACCACUUCUUUCAUUCCUGUCCUGCCUGAGGUAGAAGCUGAGGGUGCUGCAAAUGUAGAAACCUUUGUGGAGUCCCUGGUGGUGCCUUUGGAGGAAGCUGGUGUGGUGAUAGAUCCUGGCCAGCAGCAGCGCCAGCAGGGAGACAUCCACCACACUCCCUAUAGACCAGGAAGCUCAAUGGAACCUACCUUUGCCACCCUUGACCUUCUCUAUGGUUCCUCUGAUCCUGCUCCUGGCAUGGAUCAAGAGCAGGGACCCAGUAUGCACUCUGGUCUCCUUGAACCUCCACUGACUUCUCAUACAGUAGCUGAGGAUGAAAUAGACCCUUCACAACCCCAGCCUCCUUUACCCUUGAAGACAAUGGAGCCUACCCUUAGUGAAGAAGGGACUUCACCUCCCACAGUGUCCCAGACUAACACCUUGCCUCCUGUAGAGCUUGACUCAGGGCUUGAAAGUUUUCUUGGUGAGGAAUCUGAGAAGCCCCUCCUUCAGAGUUCAGCAGUCCCAGGGCAGGAGGAGGAGGAGGAGGAGGAGGAGGUUUCAGCUGCUGCAAUAGAAUACUCACAGAUCAUCGAGGCACUCAAUUUGGAAAAUGAAGGGCUAAGAUCUGAAAUCAGUCGGCUACAACAGGAAAAUGUCUCUCCAAUUAAAAUAAGUGGAAAGGAUGGGAAGAUUGCCAGGGAUAUGCGAGAGCGGAUUACACAGUUGCUUAUUGACAACGAAGAGCUCCGAGUAGCUGUGGCAAAGCAACAGUUUGAUAGUUUACCAGAGGGUGACACCAAGGCCUUCAGUAAUGCUUUGGGUACCAAUUACAAACUCAGGCUGGCUGUCAGCAAACUAAUUCACCUUGUCCCAGACCUCACUUCUUUAAAAGUAUCGGCCAAUGACCUCCAGAAAGAGAAUGAUGAGCUGCAGAAGCAAGUUGGAAGACUACGAUACCAGGAGCAACCACUGCCUCAGGAAUUAAAUGCUAUGACCAGGGAAGUGGAGAACUUGAAAAAGGUUGUAGAUGAAGCCUCUAAGAAAAAGAAGGCUCCUCCCAACUUUGAGAAUGCCAAGAUUUAUCUUUCCUAUAUGUCACAGGUCCUGCAGUCUCUUCAGGAUUUCAAAGAAGGAGGUUUCGUGGAGAAGCUGGAUGUGGCUACUGAUGUGUUUGAGGAACUGGUACCAGGCAAUGUGAAGCCAUCUGCUUCUGUGCACCAGAAGCUGAACUCAGUGCGCAGCAAGUUCAACAACCUUAGGUCCUCUUUGGCUUCAAAAUGGGACAAGAUAAAAGAUUUAGGUCGGCCUCAAAACCUGGCACGAGUGAGUCAAGAGACUCUUGCCAAGAUGAAUCGUGUGAUUGUCAAUGUAGUGAAUAAGAUGAAAGACAUUGGGCAGGUCAGCAUCAUGAAGAGAGGGAAGGCUUCAUUUGAUAGCACUACUGCCGCUCUGGCCCAGAGUUUUGCUGCCCUUGGAGACCAGUUUGAGAAGACGUGGAAUAACCUUGAGGCUGAGGUUGAUAGUGAUGAAGAAGACAAUGGUGAUGAACUCUUGGCAGUGGAAGUGAGAGCUGGCACAGGGAGGAGGAAGAGGAUGAAGAUAGUGGAUGAUAUGGAAGAAGCUGAGGAAAGAGAACCACAGGAUAUAGGAAAAGAACCAUCAGAUAUUAAAAACCUUGGGCCUAACAAAGCAAAGGAAGGUGGGAAGAGUGGUGAAGCAGGCAAUGGAGAAGGAGGAAGAGGAGGAAGUGGAGGAAGAGGGGGAGGAGGAGGAGCAGGAGGAGGAGAUGACAAGAAAGACGUAGAUGAUAAGAAAAGCAACAAAGAAAGUGUAGAGAAAAAGGAGAAACCUGAUGGAAAGCGAGACAGAUCAAGGAAUCGAAUAAGUAGCAAGGAAGAGAAGAAGGAAGAGCAAAAGGAAAAGAAGGCAAAGAAGAAGGAGGAAAAGGCAAAGAAGAAGAAAGAGAAGGAAGACAAGAAAUCAAAGAAAGACAAAAAUAAUAACAAAAAGACCAAGGAAGAAAAGGAAAACUACAGUCACAAAAAAGAGGACUGGGGCAAGAAGAACCUCCAGGAGGAUGACAAGAGACACCAAAGAAAGCAGUUUAACAAAUUUGACAAGAAGCAGCACCGGCAUGGCAGUGACGAUGACGACAAUGAUGACGACGACGACGACGAGGAAACUGAUGAUGGCAAACUCAAGAGAAAGUACCAGAAGAAGAAACCAACUCAUGAAGAUGACAAUAAUGACAGUGAUGAUAAGUCCAAGAGGAAAUCUCACAAAAAUGAAGUGCUGGAGGAAGACGAUGAUGAUGACGACAAAAAGAAGGGCCUGCUGCGGCACUGGGAGAAGCCAUCCAGAAAAAACUACCGCAGGGAAUUCCCAGGGCCCAAGAAAGCCUUCAUCCGUAGGCGGGGUAAGAAUGCCACUAGGUACCAUGGGAAUGAAGAUAGGGACUGGAUGCAGAAGAGGGCAACAGGUAGGGAGGUGAGACGCAGGGAAGAACAGAAGGCAGACUGGCUUUUUGAACGGGCAAAGCACCGCAGCCACAAAAGGGUGGAGGAGCAAAAAGCUGACUGGCAGUUUGAUCGAGCUAGUCACAGGAGGGAGCAGAGGGUUGGGGAACCAGAGGAAUACAGUCACAGGGCACCGGCGGGUCAUGAGAAAUUCAGCCACACCAAACACGAAAGACGCCAGGCAAAGAGACGCUACGUGAGGUUUGAUUAUGAUGACGAUGAUUAUGAUGAUGAUGAUGAUGAUGAUGAUGAUGAUGAAAUUGACAAUGAUGAUUAUCACCUCCACCAUCAUUCCCAUCACCACCACCAACAUCACCAUCAUCAGGAGAGAGGGAGAGGAGAGCAUAAGCAUCACAAUAAAAAGGGUAAGAGGGAAUGGGUCAUUCCCAACUUCAGUGCAACAGGAAAGACUUACUACUAUUAACUAGCAUAGCAUGUGCUCCUUUUCCCAAACUGAUGAUGUAAACUUAUAUCUUCUUAGUGCAUUCAUGAUGACAGUGCUUCAUGAUGUACACAUAUAGCCUAAGAAUCUUGAUGUACACAUGUAGCAUUAGUUGCACCAUUGUCUGUUCAAACUAAGGAGUUUGCUUGGGACCUUGGCAGUGUUUUGCACACCACCUGAAUGGCUGGACUCCUUUUACUCCUUCAUGCAAAGUUGUCAAUUGUACUCAGAUGCUACACAGUAUUUAUAACUCAGCAUCAUUAUGCAAGAUGCCAUUAUUGUAGAACUUGUGCAUGCUUGUCAGAAUGAGUAAAUUAUGAUGAAUAUUAGAAAAAAGAAAAAAAAACAGCUUAUAAUGUUUGUAUCACUUCAUUGGCAUGUGCACCAGUUGUUUACUCAAUCUGAUAAUCAUUUCAGUUCAGAGGAAAGUCUUCUUGAAAAAAAUUAUUAUGCUAUUAGAUGACUGACAGUAUAAGCAAACAUGUAAUUACGAGAAAUUAACUUAAGACAAUUGUGUAUAAGCAUAAAGCAACAUAGGAUAUAUGAAUGAGACUUGUCUCCCAGACAUUAAGAUAGGAAUCCAGCCAGUGAGGAGAGUGAGGGCAAUGGCUACCAAGGAGCCACACGAACACUAGGUCUGAAUGGACUGUAGUAGUGUUUGCAAGCUGUCUGUAUAGAUCUUUCUCACUUUAGCUUUUCUAGUUCAGUUAUUAGUUUACAAUUUGCUGUGAUUUUUUUUGUUUUUUGUAUAUUUAUAUUCUUUUUACAUUAUUUAAAGAUUAUACAAAUAGUAACUGCUAACCAUAAAUAUGUAUACACAUUAUUCACUUCAUAUUCUACUUUUCCAGCUUUAACCUGUUUCAGGUAUUCUCUCAUAGCAAUAGGUAUAUAUCACAACAUCCUUCCAUUUGUCAUCCUACACCUGACCUCAUUACCAUUAUCCAACCUUUAUGGGUCCACAGUAACAUUCAAUCACAUGCUCAUUAAAACUUCCGUUAGUCAUUAGUAUUAUGUCAAAAAAUAUUGAUUCAUGAAGGUCUUUUUAAGAUGUGUAGUGCUAUUCCUUUCUCAAGGUGUACCAAUUUAAAUGUUUCCUCAACACAAGGAGCUCAGGAUUAGUAUGCAUUGCUAAAAUAACUAGCUACAUCCUGACUCUCUUACCACGAUCCUUUGAAAAAGUUUGUUCAGUGUUUCUUACACACUAAACUACUGAAAAAGUACCAGCAGUUUUGUAUACCUCAUGCAACAAUGAAAAAGGUUAAUCUUUUUACCUGCAACUCAGUAUUACUUUGUGGUUGUUGGAACAGCAAUGAUCAAGAUAGACUCUGAAAGUAUCUGGCAUUAAGAUGUACACUGAAUGAUAGAAGUGAUCUUGUAUUGUCUUUAAUAAAUAAAUGGUAUCCACCUUCAACCACAGAA